CUUGUUCAAAAAUAAAAGAAUCUGCCAAUCGUGUAGCAAAGAAAACCUUUCGCUGUCCCCUAGAUAGGACGGGGAUGUUGAAAAUUUUUUGUUUAAAGACUUGGGGAAAUUGAUAAAAGGCAAGUUUUACAAAUAAAAAUGUCGAAAGAGUUUGUCGAGGAGGCCGCCAGGUACCUGGAGGGCCAUGAGGCCUACUUCCUCCUCCGCGACCUCAUGAAGGACCUGAUCAAGGAGCAGCCCGCCGACCCACUCGCGUUCCUAGUGCAGAGGUUGGAGGCACCGAGUCAGAUACUCCUCUGCAUGCUGGCACCACCAGGCCUGAGCGGAGACAAGUACAGACUGCUUUUUGCAACACGUGCACGCGGUGAAUCUUUUUUUGCGCAUGAACAAAAAUGUAAUGACUGAGCACCGUUAACUCUCCACCUUGAUAUCGCUAUCAGGCACGCCGAGCAGGUAGCGUCAUCGUUCGGUCUCACGUGUGUCAAUGUCGACGCUGCCGUCGAUGAUUCGAAGAGCACCGCGGACGCCGACGCAAUAGCAUGCGUCAAGUCCGCUUUGGAGAGCGCACCAAGUGACAGCAAGGGCUGCUUAUUGUAUGGGUUCCCAAAGACAAAGGUACUUCUAGUUCUACUACUUUCCUAUCUGGGUGGUCGUGGUGAUUUGUUUUUUUCCUGAUGCAGGAACUCACCUGGUCAAAUCAAAUCCAACGUCGCAGGAUUUAUGAAUGGCAAGAUCGCAAUGCUUUCAUGCUGUUGUCGUCGUGUCUUGAUCUGCUACAAAGAAGAAGAACAAUCUUUGUGAUGUUUCUUCAACUGAAAAAAAUCAGGUCCAAGCGCGAGCAUUGCAGAACAUGAGAAAAAUACCCGACAGCGUCUGCAUCGUCACCGGUGACAGUAAAACAAUAAAAAACCACUUACUGGUAUUGAUUACUGACAACACGAAAAGUUUUUCAAUAGUUUGUUUUUGUCAUGAGCAAAAGUUUCAAGGACACACGUCGCUAUGCGUAGUCGCAAUAUUCAUUGCAACACGACAAAUAAUCAUCUACUAAUGUUCCGAAUUCGGAUUCCCCCAGAAAUCUGCCCCGGGCGCGACCGCGGAGGAAAAAGCAGACGCCGUAGAGUCGCAGUUGCAAAUCUACUUGAGACACAUACACUCCGUGGCAGAAAUCUUCAAGAACGCGGCGGUAGAGGUGUCAGUAACGGGAAGCACUUCCGUAGUGGACCAGGUGCAGCAUGCCGUUGCCAGGGCAGUGGCAGACCCAAGAGGGCCGUUGAGAGUACUUACUCGGUUUUGUUGAUGCAAGUCGUAGGCAGUACUGUCGCAACUGCAACAAGAACAGAACAUUGGAAUGAAUUUGCAGCGCGAUUAUAAAGCGUCGUCGUGCAUUGGCAUCCAUUGCAUGGGUUCAUCUUGAUGAGUUGUUUCCCGUAGGCGCAUGAAAGCAAAAAUUGUCAGAUGUGCGUGCUUAUCAAAUGUAAAAAUGUCUGGGUCUGGAAGAAUUCAUGUUUGUCAUGCUUGUUUGGCAUGACUCUUAAAUCUGUCAUGCACGUUACCCAAGAGCUCCAUUUUUCUGUGAUGCAGAAACGCAGUCUGUCAUGCAGAAUAGGCAACACCUUGAAGCUCAGAAACUUGUCAUGCUGAGCCAGCACUUGUGGCCUCAUCAUGAGACGCCACCCAGCAUCACAAGUUUCCAGACCCAGACACUUUUACAUUUGAUAGUGCUCGGACCCUUGGGUAGCGGGCGAUCAACACAGGCAGCCAGGAUCGCGGAGGAUUUUGGCGUCGUGCAUGUCGACGUAAACACUAUGGUUUCAAUAUCAAAAGGAAAAAUCCUCCCUCCCCAUAUCAAAAAGGCAUGCUUUAGAAAAUUUGUGAUGCUGAUUUGUGGCCACAGAUCGCGUCUGUCUUGCAAUAGAACAAAGCCCGAGAGUCCGCCGCAUUUCGCAGGCGGUUUGUAAUGCUGAUACGCCAACAGGACACACGUCUGCCUUGCCAACCGCCUACCUCAAGCCACCCCUUUCCAGGCUUCGUAUCUGGCUGCAGUCCUCUAGUGCAAGACAAAGCGGAUUUGCGUACACAAAUCCCGCAUCACAGGUUUCCGUUUUGAUAUGGGGUCGGGGGACUUUUCCUCACGAUAUUCAAAGCCAGCGGAAAGCGUAACGGAUGAGGAACUCUGCGAGAAAGUGGGGGACAGGCUCAGAUAUCAAACAAAAAAAGUUCGUCACGAUCACUCAUGCGCAUUUUUGCAAUACAAAGUUUUCGGAGAGUUGUGAUGCUAAAAAAAUUUGUAAUGCAAAAUCUGCAAGUUAAUGACUGUGACAAACUUUUUUCUCUCCAUAUCAGACAGGCGGAUUGUAUAGAAAUUGUUCCUGCUUUGUAGUUCUUCUUCAGUAUAUGCUUUAUAAAGAUCGCAGUUUUGCUUUUGGUCACAAUAGACGGACACUAGUGAGUGAAACCUGCUUCUUUAUCCGAGGUCGCCCUGGCGGUCAAAUAGUAUUUUUUUACGAAAAUGUUCUUAUUUUUUAUCGAUCACUCAGGUUUGAGGCGCGGCUGGGUCCUGGACGGCUUCCCACAGACCGAGCACCAAGCCUCCUACCUGAAGAAGGCCCACCUGUGGCCCUCCCGGGUGGUGCACCUCACCGUGCCCGAGUCGGUGUGCCUGCAGAGGCUGUCCAUCCGCAGGGUGGACCCCGCCACCGGGGAGUACUACUAUGGAAACGCACCACAGUUGGCGGUCAGGCAAAGGUUGGUGCAAGCGGCGGCGGAUAGCCCCGAUCAAGUCUCCACCCGGUACUUGUACUACAUGUUUGGAAGAAGUGUGGAGUUUGGUGUCGUGCGGCGUGUCUAGUUGUUGUGUGCGAGAAUUGUAAGAAAAAACUGAGUUCUAAUUCUUGUUCUCCAUGUUGUGUGUUUCGAAUUAGAAUUAACAUACUUAGGACGAUACAUAAAGAAGAAAUCACAUUCGCUGACAACAGGUACCACUACCACUACGACCGUUGCAAGCAGGUGCUGUCCCACUUCCCGGGGAUCGCGACCAGCAUCCGGGGGCAGCAGCAGCCGACGGAUAUUUUGCAGGCGAUCCGGGAUUAUCAAUUGCAAAUAUGUCUGGGUCUGGAAGGAUCCAAACUUGUCAUGCUGUCUUUGGAUUUUAAAAAAAUCUGUACUGCAUGACCAGCAAGAGGAGCCCAGAUUGUGCUGCGCGGAGAAGGCAUUUGUCAUGCGAAAUAGGCAUCAGAAAACCUUCCAAAAAUCUGUGAUGCUAAGUCAUGCACUACAGGCAUGAUGGGUCAUGCAAAAUAUGCAUGACAAUCUUCCAGACCCAGACAUUCUUGCAUUUGAUAGGGAUUUCGUCAUGACCGCGGUACCGCUGCCAUAA